AUGGGGUCAACAUCUCAGUCAGAAUCGAUUUUGCAGUCUAGCAAAUCAUCUAAUCAGGUAGAACAAGGAAUCAGAAUGAGAGAUAUUGAACUAGAAACUUCGAAUGAAAAAAAGGUAGCAAGCGAUGAGCAUAAUUUGGCAAUAAAAGAAAGUAACACUGAGAACACUAAAGAAACAGAGACCGAAAUUUCGUUGAGUUGUUCGCAUCAAGAAAUCGAUGGCGAAUGUGAUCUGCAAACUGCCUUUUGGAAAUUAGCGGCAGAAACAAUAAGGAAAAAAGUUGACGCAAAAUGUUUAGAGAAUGAAGAGAUUUCGCAUCCUGAUACAUGUGCACUAUUAGUAAAAGGCCAUGCACCAUUAUUAGUUGUUUUGGUUUGGCCAACUGCGUUGGCAAUAAAGUGGAUGGGUGAUCGCUUGGCGCUUCGGUCUGUGCAAAAUAUUCGCAAAGUGGAGUCGAAGAAAGUCGGCAUAGUAAAGGAUGUUUCAGUUGCCAAUAAGCAAAAAACUAUAGCAGAUUGUUUCAAGAAAGGGUAUUUUAAAGUUGCUGAGGAUGUUCAAAAUCAAUCACAUUUACUACUAAGUGACUGUGCAGAAGCUGAAAUCAGAAUAAAUGAACCAGAGAAUAAUGAGGAUCGAUCUCAUACGCUGUGCAGUGAUAAAGCAGUUGAAUCUGAAAUCGGUAUUGCUACGAAUGGACCACUGGUAACGAAGGAUGAACUAUUAGAUCCAGAUAUUUCUGUAAAACUGAAUAAGGAACCAAAAAAAAAUUUUGAGGAUGUUCACCAUCGAUCAGAUUCGCCAUCUAUUGAUUGUGUACGAGCUGAAGUCGAUAAUGAAGCAGCCAAGGAUGACCUUUCGAAAUCGGAUCUUCCUGCAACAAAUUUGCAACCAAUAAUUAACCUUGUGCAAAGUGUGGAUAAGGAGUCAGAGAAAAAUUUUGAAGAUCAGUCACAUUUGCCAUGUAAUAAGUAUGCACAGACUGAGGUUGGUGUGACUCUGGAUGAACCAGUAAUAACAGAAAAUGACCUAUUUGACUCACACGUUUCUGUGGCAUAUUUGCGAUCAUUGACCUAUUGCCUUAUGAAGAAGCUGGAUAGGGAGCUAAAGAAAAAUUUCGAGUUACAUUUGAUUAUACCUGAUUCACUUUAUAACAAAAAAACUCAAGAAAUUUAUGUUGUGAAUUUACAGCUGGCACUUGAGCGGGGCCGAUGGAAGGAACAAAUCGCAGAUUUAGAGUUCGAUUUGAAUGCACUUAUUAGCUUUGUUAAUGAUUCUAUAAAAGAAGGAUCAGAACAUUUGAAUUUUCAAAGUAAAACUGAUUUUGAUUGA